AUGAACCGAAUCAAGAAGCUUGCACAACAUGACACUCGACGAAAGCCUGCGGUACAGGGUUAUAUCAACUCAUUGGAGUCCCGAAUCUCGUGGUUUGAGACAUUCCUCCGCCACUUGAAGUCUGCCCCCAGCGAAGAAAGAGAUACUAUGCUUCGUGAAUUCUCGAUGGAUGAGAACUCGCCUGUCGCGCUGAGUCAGUCACAUAUACCUCAAGACACGGGAUCACUGAAGUCGGGUCCUUCUGGAUCCCAGACCACCAGCCAGCAGGCAUCCCAAUCUCUAUCGUUAUCAACUCAUGUCGAUGACAUGGAAAAGGUUCGCCUUGGCCGAUCUCUGGGGAUUGACUCAGCCCUCAUCCAAACAUGUCUACCUCUGUUCUUCCUUUACCAAUAUCCCCAACUGAUGUUUGUUUAUCGUGAAGCCUUGUUAGCAGACUACUUUGACAACGCAUGCGGGGGGAGAUAUUGGUCGUAUGCGCUGAUUUACGCCAUAUGUGCUCUGGGUGCUCCUCACUCCUCGGACAAGGAAGUUCGCAAGAAGGCCCCGUUGAUGGCAAAAUGUGCCAAGGACAUUAUCAUGACCUAUGAAUUGUCGAAUCCAACUCCCGUCACAAUACAGGCCCUCUUGUGUUUGGCAUUUCAUGAGAUUGGGCAGAAUAACACUCCUCAAGGGUGGUUGUUUGCGGAUAUCGGGUUCCACCGUGACCCUACUAAUUGGGUCUCACAGGAUCAGUCAAUCACGACCCUGCAGGAUAUUGAGAUCCGGCGUAGGAUCUAUUGGGGAUGUUAUGUUGUAGACAAAUUUAUGAGUCUUUAUCUCGGAAGACCUGUCUCGUUGAGUUCAAACGAUGCUGCGGUACAGCCCAGUGAGCCUUUGCCAGAUUUCUCGGUCAACCAUAAAUGGUUCGGGCUGUGUGAUUUGGCGAUCACGCAUUCCACCAAUGCACAGUCCGAGGGUCCACAGUUGGUCAACACACUCAAAUAUACAGUCAAACUUGGGGAUAUCUUCCAAGAUAUCAUGACCAAGGUUUUCAGUCAUCGAUCGAAUAUUGGCGAUUUGAACUCAUUCUACCGACUAAGUGAGAUGAACAUUCAUCUCAACUGGUGGCUUCAUGAGCUUCCUGAACCAUUACAAUGGAGCCAGUGGAGUGCACAAGAGAAACAGCUACAACACCACAUCAUCACCCUCCAAAACCAGCAUGGAAUGGUUAAAUCACCGUUGAUCAUGGUGUACGCAUUGGUCACAACAAGUAUUGCUUUGACAAAGCUGUCAUGGAAUCCCUCACUUACACCUCAGCUUUCAUUCCUACUCAAGGCGCUCGAAGAAUGUUCAAGGGUCUACAGGAUCGCCGGGGAAGCUCACUCUAAUCUAAGACAGAGCCUGGUCAUUGUACAAAACGGAGCGGUGCGGUCGAGUGGCCACUACAUCUCAAGCUCAGAUAUUCUGCCUGAGCCUAUGGCCACUACAGAAACUACAGAAAGUGCUGGAGAAAAUGGGGUAUCAUAUUCGGACUUUCAACGAGCACCAGCGACAAUUUUUGAUACCGGUAGUCGAGAUGAGCAACCGAGCCUUUCCAUCAGCGACUCCAUGGGAGAUCUGAAUUGGGACGAGCUCACACUAGACAUGUUCCAGAUGGAUGGGGAUUUCCGAGGCUGGUUUUCAUUAGGAAGCAGUGUGUAA